AUGGGGAAAGGAAAAGCCGAAGUUGGCACCCCUAAGUAUUUAGCCAACAAAAUGAAAGCCAAAGGUUUGCAGAAACUGCGCUGGUACUGCCAAAUGUGUGAAAAACAGUGCCGUGAUGAAAACGGAUUUAAAUGUCACACCAUGAGCGAAUCACAUCAAAGACAAAUUUUAUUGUUCGCUGAUAACGCGGGACGCUUCAUUGAUAGUUUUUCAUCAGAAUUCUUAACAGGAUAUUUGCAAAUAUUACGACGCCAGUUUGGCACCAAGCGGGUAGCAGCAAACAAGGUGUACCAAGAAUAUAUUGCAGACCGCCACCAUCUUCACAUGAACGCCACAAAGUGGCACUCAUUGUCAGAUUUUGUAAAGUUCUUGGGUCGUAAUGGUCAUUGUGUUGUAGACGAAACCGAUAAAGGAUGGUUUAUCACUUACAUCGAUCGCGACCCGGAGACUCUGGCUAUGCAGGAAAAAAUGGCAAAAAAACAAAAAAUGGAUAAAGAUGAUGCUGAAAGGUUAGCAGAAUUCAUUGAAGGACAAGUCCAUCGUGGCAAAACAGAUACUAAGUCCACCAGUAGUUCUUGUUUUUCCGAAUUGAAAAGAGAAAACGAAGAUGAUACUAUUAAAAUUGAUUUCAAAUUGACUAGCAACAAUCCACAAUCCUCCACUACAUCAGCCGUGAUCGACAAAAAUUCUAUAGCUAUGGAAAGAGGUGCAAAAAAAGAAACAACGAAAAAACGUUAUUUGGCUGAUGGCGAGAAAAAAAAAUCAACUUUGGCAGAGCUUAUCAACGAAGAAGAAACAAAAAAAGAGAAAAGAAAUCGUAAAGAAUAUUGGCUGGCAGACGGCAUUGUAGUUAAACUUAUUACUAACUCUUUGGGUCAGAAAUAUUACAAAGCAAAAGGAGUUGUGGUGGAGGUAGUCGACAAAUUCCGAGCGGUGAUUAAGUUACUUGAAACUGGCGAAAAAAUAAAAGUAGACCAAGCGCACCUGGAAACCGUAAUACCUGCGGUAGAGAAAAAAGUCUUAGUUUUAAAUGGAGCCUAUCGUGGUUGUACAGCGAUUUUAAAAGCCAUUAAUACAGAGCUCUAUAGUGUACAGAUAGAAAUAGCUUCAGGGCCGUUGAAAGGGCGAAUAGUAAAUAAUGUAGCGUACGAGGAUAUAAGUAAACUGUUUGUUUAAAUAGCCGAUCACGCACAGAU